AUGACAGGCCUAGGCUUCAUCACCGACACCCCACGGUCCGGGCUCCCCCCCGAAACCGCACCCCCGCUCACGGCCCUCCCCACCCCGCCGCCUGCCCCGCCCCCGCGCCGGUCGCCGCCCCAGCGCCCCGAAUUCAAAGCGCCGCCCGAGCCCGCGGACGAAUUCGCCGACCUGCCCCCGCCCGUGCCGCCGACGGCCGCCGAGGUCGCAGCCGAGGCCGCCGCAAUGCUCCGGCUGCGCGCGCAGCAGAAGCUGGAGAUGGACCGCAAGAUGACCGACAGCUCGGAGAUCUACGACCUGCUGAUGAAGCAGCAGGCAGCAAUAAAGGCCGCGGCGGCGGCUGACAGGGCCAAGCGCCAAAAAGCGGAGGAGGCCGAGGAGCCGGCGGAUACGGCGGAGGAUCCGCCGUAUGAGAGGGAGCUGUCGUCGCCGUCGGACAUGUCGAAUCCGCCGGACAUGACGCCGGAGGUGGCGGCGCAGCUAGCGAAGGAUCGCGCGGCAAGGCAUGAGGAGAUGGCGAAGAAGAGGCGGGAUACUGCGAUAGAGGAAAUGAGGCUUAUAGCGCUGAGGGAAGAAGAGAAGCAAAAGCACGAAGAUCUACUAGAGGCUGCAAGGGAAGCUGCGGAGAAAGCAGCGCAGGAGGCGGAAGAAACACGGCGCAACAACCAAAAGAAUCACAACAAGACCGCGGCGGAGCAGGCGGCGGCGGCGGAAAGGGCGAGGGCCGCUGCGGAAAAGUUGACAGCGGCAGCGAAGGCCGCUGCGGCGGAGGCGGAGGCGGAGAGGCGGCGGCAGGCACAGCUGAAGGCGCAGAGGGAUCGGGAUCUGCUGUCGGACGACGAUGUGACUGAUGACGAUAACCCGGCCAAUGAAGGAACCCCUCCACCGCUUAGUGACGAGGAUAGAGCGAAUUUGGCGAGGAUAGAGCGGGAGGAGGGGCGGGCUCAGGCUUUCGCGGAUAUGAUUGAUAGCAUAUCGUUCACUGUUGAAAUUAACCACGGUCUUCAGACAGAGACCUGCCCUUACUGCCAGCUUAACAUUAGUGCUCUGGCAUAUGAUGAGAAAAAAGCCCACCUGCUCGCCGAUCUUGCUCGCGAAACUGAUGACGAACCGUAUCCACGGGCCGACGAGAUGAUACACGGGCCCGGAGCGCUGGAUUUGGAAUACGACGACCAUGCAAUGAGGCGAUGGAUCUAUAUCGACCAACGGACGCAUUGCCAGCACUGCGGUAUAGAGUUUACCGAAGUCGGUAUGAGAAAACUCUGGUUCACGGGUGCUGAACGAAGGGCGCAACUCCCCGACCUUCAGGCCUCUGUAGAUUUGCAGCAUAGGAACCACAGGAUACGGUGCCCGUACCAGAGGCGGCGGGAGGGCUAUGACCAUCUGGCGCAGUGGGGGAAUGUCAAUCCGCUCGAUGGACGGGGCUUUACGACUCUGCCGAGGAGGACUAGGGCUGAUUUGACUCAUCUGUAUGCACAAAUGGAUGCGAUGGGCGACGACACUUAUGCUCUUGAACUCAUUUAUAACCAAGUCCCCCGAAAUCUCUCGAUAGAUGCUGAUCGUACUGUAAUAACGUAUCCUUACAACACCGAACUGAGUAACUCUCAAGCACAACAGUAUGCAAGGGCAGUCCGCCAUGUGUUCUGCCCCUCUUGCCGCAGAAGGCUCCGCAGGAGGCCGUACCAAAUAGAUGGCGAGGAACGUCCUGCGGCAGAGACACUUGAAGAGCACAGGGCAAAGUGCAUUCAAGUCCCUCUACCUGCAAACUUCAUAGGAUGGAUCUCACUUGAAUUAAACCAGUACUUGGGCAAACUACGAACCGCAUACCCCGCAAAGGCAACUCUGAUAGCAAUCUCUGAGCAGGUCAAGUGGUUCCACAGAUGGAGAUUAGCCGCAAACAGCACUGUCCCAUUCACUAUAACCGGGAUAGGUUCUCCUAACAUAGCGGCGGGCUGGCCUCCGGUGCCACUGCCCCCUUGCUUCACCGCCAACGCCGCUGUAGUUUUGGCCUCCACGGGGGCACUUCCAGUCCCCCCUGCUGUUCCUCCCCGCCCUUAUCGUGCGCAUGAUGGUACCACGAAGGAUGAUCAACCACCCCCAGAGGAUGAGCCAAAGGAUGAGCCAGAGGAUGAGAUAGAGGAUGAGCCCAAGGAUGAGCCCCAGGAGAAUAAGGAGAAGGAGAAGAAAGAACCCAGAGAGGAUGAUGAAGAUCGGUCGUCAUCCCCUGCGCCCGCCUCGGACGACACUGAUCCUGAAGAUGAAGAAGAAGAAGAAGACGAUAAUGAAAAUAAUGAAGACGAACCUGAAGACGAGAAUGCCGAGGAUGACGAGGAAGAGGAAGCCGAUGAUGACGAGGAAGAGGAAUCCGACGACCCAGCUAGCGAAAUUAGCGAGGCCGACGAAGACGAGGAGGAUGAGGGCCUCCUCAAGCGGUCCGAUGUCCUCAAGGGCACCGCCCGCGCCUCCAGGGCACGACGCGCCGGGAUUGCCGCCCAGCGGAUCGCCUUGCAAGCGACCAGAGAUGCAAACCAGGCCAAUCUCGACAACCUCGGUGCAGAGGCAUUAGCCAGAGCAGCCAAAAGGGCGGCAUUGGACGUUGUCGAGGGAUCCACAGGCCUUAAUGCAGCACAACUAAAACAGGCGGCCAAUCUAGUAGCCUCUAAUGCAAGAGGUGCUGCGGCGGUUGCUGCUAUCACAGCGACUAUAGCGACAAAUGAUGCAGCGCUUCUAGCCUUUGCUGCGGAGAUUGCAGGCGCCGAAGCGGAAUAUGCGGCAAUAAUGUUGGCGAUAGCAGCAGCUGUAGCUGCGGAGAAAGCAGGUAAAAGCUCCAAAGAGGAUGCUAUGACAGAUGCGGAGAAGGCAGCAAGAACAGCAAGGAGGGCAGCUAGGCUUGAAAGGGCACAAAAAAGGGCAGCCAAGUUAGCUGAGAGAACAGCCAAGCAAAAUGCCCAAGCAGCUGAAAAGGCUGCAAAGGCAAAGGCAAAGGCGGAUGGGAUGAGCGCAGCAGCAAAAGCGCAAAAGGCAGCCACGAAAGCAAGGCAGGAAAACAAGGCAAAAAGUAGGGCACGAAGGAGGGCAAGGAGAGCCCUCAAACUGGACGCUGCGGCGAAGGCAGCCAAGGCCAUUGCGGAUGAAAUAGCCAGGAAAGCAGCAGAAAGGGCAGCAGUACCUAACCCAGAUCCAUGCCCUAUUAUAGAAUUCUUGUGUGACAGAUUAGCACGGCCUACAAAUCCGGGGAGUGGACUACGCUUUUCCUCGGGAUUUAGAAAAGUGACCUCGCGCGUGACAUUGGACGCGCCUCCUGGUGCUUGGGUAUCUUUCAUGUUUCCAACGUACGACAAUACAGAUUAUGCACCAGCGCCAAUGAUAACCCCAGUAACACUCGCAGCAUUUGCUGGUGGAAACCAGCCUUACCAGAAAUAUAAUAUGGGCAUAAACUACUUCAUGAGGCACCUAGGCUUCUCUGUUCCGAAAGGGGCAGUCAGUCACACACACACCGGCCCGGCCAAGACGUUUAUUGCCAAAGGAGUUGCCCCUAGAGCCCCCGGGUUUAUGAGCUGGUUGAAUCCUGCCAAUAUCAACCAUAAUCACAUCACUAGGAUGUUGACAUCUUUGUCUAUAUUAGGGAGACAAACACAAGCAAUCACGCUAAAUGCUGCCUUGGUUGCUGCCAUAGGUGCGAGAGCAGGGCCUCUCGCACCAGCCCCAGCAGUACUAGCCGCGUGGGCAGCAGCAGCUAACCUCACGCCCGAAGCUAUCGCGGUGAUGGAGGAGGCAUCGAUACCCUUAAGGCUAGCUCAGAUGGCUCCUCCUCCUCCUCCCCCUCCUGCUGAUUCUGGUCCUCCUCCCCCUCCGCCUGCUGAUUCUGCUCCUCCCCCUGCCCCUCCUGCUGCAGCUAUGAGAAAGCAUGGAAUCCUUGUGUACGAGGGGGCAAGCUAUUAUACCGCCAAGAGGAGGAGGUUGAUUCCAGACGUGAAUCCAUUAUUACACUUGGCUGUUGACUCCGCGCCCAGUAAGACACUAGAAGCAGACAAUAUCAAGCUCAAAGCUCUCCUUGCAAGGUCUAAGAUGAAACGUUAUGUAUCGCCACAUAGAGUUGGAAGAUCUGGUAAACGGCGUAAAUGGUACUCUGGGGAAAGCGUUGAACCCGGAAACUUGUUAGUAACAGAGGCACAAGGUGUGGUAGAAGAUGAUGAUGAUGAUGAUGAUGAUCACGACCAAGAUCAGGGUCAAGACGAAAGUGGGACCGAGGAUAAUGAGUCCCAAAGUAGUCAGGAUCUAGAUCAGGAAGAGAACGAUGUCGACGAUAGUAGUGUAGAAGAGGAAGAAGAUGAAGAAACGGGGGAUGAGGGGGGUGAUGAAGAAGAAGAAGGAGGAGGAGGAGGAGGAGGUGAAGACGAUAGUGAAGAUGGGAGCGGGGAGGCAGGUAUUACGCAAGAGAAGCCAGGAGAGGCCUCCGAAUCAGAUGAGAAUUCGGAAGAUGAGCCAGAGCUUGAUGAAUCAUCGGCCGAAAGCGUCGAAGGAGGCACAGACACAGAAAAGAACGAGAGAGGAAACCGUGGCAGCCCAGAGAGACUCCAAUCCGCCAGAUAUAGGGAUACGGGGAAUUACAGCCCACAAAAGCCUCGAGCCAAGACCCCCUCCGAAGAGCAAUCUGGCAUAUCAGUACAAUCCGACGCCGACGAUAGUAGUGAUGGAGGUACGGCCUCCUCCUCGGACGUCUUUCUGUCGGUCUACCGGAACCCAGCGAGUGUGUUAUUCCCCACGACCCCAAGAGUAUCUGGGAAAAGUCCGUUGAAGCCCAGGUUGCCGUUAGUCAGGUAA